AUGCUGAAGAGCAUUGACAAUGCUCUUAGCAUAAAAAAGUACUUCAUUCAGAGGAUUACAAAUUUGGACAAUAGAUUUGCAUCUUGUGUCCCCUAUUUGUUUUAUGCAUUAAAUGUGUGUGAAAAGGAGCAGAUACAAAAUUCCAUUAAUGUAGCCCUCAGAAAAGCUAGACGUAAAGAAAUCACAGCAGGACAAUUAAAAAAUCCUGAAUUCAUACGGGACAUCUUUGUGAAAGAUCAAGCUUUCCAGUUUCUGCAGCAAGUUAGAGGCUCACCGUCUUAUUGGCAGCAUGCACAAUAUGAACUUCUUGCAAUGGUUAGAGCGAAAGGUGUGUUCACUUGGUUUCUGACUUUAUCAUGUGCAGACUUGGAAUGGCCACAAACUAUCCAAGCAAUUGGACUCCAACAUGGACAAACAUUCACUGAAGAAGACAUUAAAAAAAUGUCAUAUGAAGAGAAGUGCAGCUGGCUAAGACAGAAUCCUGUGGUUGCAGCUAGACAAUUUGACCACCGUCUUCAAACAUUUUUUAAAGAUGUUAUUAUGUCUCCAUCAGAGCCAAUUGGAAUGGUUACCCAUUAUUUUCAGAGAACUGAAUUUCAGCUUCGUGGAUCUCCGCAUUGCCAUGCAGUUUUAUGGGUAGAAAAUGCCCCAGACUUGCACAAAUCAUCUGAAGAAGAAAUCUGUUCGUGGGUAGAUAAAUAUAUUACUUGUAAUAUUCCACCAGAAGGCGAUCCAUUGUACAAUGAAGUGAUAAGUAAACAAAGGCAUGUUCACUCCGUAGCCUGCAACAAAAAGGGAAAGGUCUGUCGAUUUCACUAUCCAAAACCUCCAAGUAACAGAACGCUUGUUUCCCAACCAGUUGAAGAUGAACAAGAGAACAUGACUCUUGCAGCAAACGCUAGAGAUGUACUAACAAAAGUCAACAAAGUGCUGUCCGAUGAUAGUGUCAAGGUACAAGAUCUCACCCUCAUACAGAUUCUAACACUUGCAGGAGUACAUGAAGAGGAAUACUAUAAAGCUCUUCACUAUUCAAAAUCUGGAAAAUCAAUUGUGCACCAAAGACAGACAAAUGCCUUAAAUAUUAACAACUAUAACAAAAUCAUUUUGGAAAACUGGAAAGCCAACAUGGAUAUACAAUUUGUAUGUGAUCCCUAUGCCUGCAUAUCAUAUAUUGCUGCUUACAUGACAAAAGAUGAACGUGAACUGUCUCAGAUGCUAAAAGAAGCAGCAAGAGAGCUACAGGAUGCUGAUGUUAAAGCCAGACUCAGGAAAGUUGGCAAUGUGUACAUGAACAACAGAGAAAUAAGUGCACAAGAGGCAGCUUAUCGUCUCCUCAGUAUUCCAUUAAAAAGGUGCAGCACAAAAAUGGUAUGGAUACCCACGGACUUACCAGAGGAGCGCAUAGGAAUACUUCAGCCACAACAAGUGCUAGAUACCAUAGAGGAUGAAGACACUGACAUCUUUUCCACAGGAGUUGUAGAUAAGUAUCAAACUAGAUCCCGCCAUCCAUUACUUGAAAACAUGUCUCUCUGGGAGUUUUCUGCAUGGUAUGAAAGUGUAGGUGCUCAGGAUGGACAGCAACGUAGUCCUGAAAGCAUUGGCUCAUGCCUUCCAAACGUGAUUUUACUAACUGAUGGUGAAACAAAAAUGAAAAAAAGGACAAGCUCUGCAACACCCAGAUAUCAUGUAUUUUCUGUCCACAAAGAAUCGGAGAAAUUCUAUCACCAACAACUAAUGCUCUUUCUUCCUUGGAGGAAUGAAGAUGAACUGAAAGCUUCAGACAGUGUGCUUCCUUAUGAAGCAAAAUAUGAAGAAACGAAAGCAACUGUUAAUGCAACAAAAGAUCGAUUAGAACAUCAUAGUGAGUUUGUUGAAGAUGCCUUGCAAAGAUUCGAUGAAAAUGGUCCACCUCAGCAUGCAUGGGAUAUGUUGGAUGCAGAACAUGAACAGAGAAUGUGUGAUGAUAUCAGAUGGAACAGGGAAGAAAAUGAGCAAAGUAACAGGCGUAUUGAUUUAUUCCAAAGACAUACCUUGCUUGCAACUACAGCCAGACCAAAUACUUUAAAGGAUAAUCAAUUACGUAAGAUUAUACAUGGCUUGAAUGAAAAGCAAAGGACAAUUUUUACUCGCAUCAUUAAUUGGUGCAAAGACACAGUAUCAUCAAAAGACAAUACACCUCCUCCUUUCCAUCUCUUUGUCACAGGAGGUGCUGGUACCGGAAAGAGCCAACUCAUAAAGGCAAUUUAUCAUCAAGCAUCUAGAAUUUUACAACAACCUGGUGAGAAUCCAGAUAGUCCUGUUAUUCUUCUCACUAGCCCAACAGGAACAGCGUCAUACAACAUCGGCGGUACUACACUUCAUGCUGCACUUCAUCUACCGCGUGGCAGAUACUACUCACUAAAGUCCAACCCUUCACUAUUAGCAACAUUUAGGACCAUAAUGUCACAGCUCAAGAUCCUUGUCAUAGAUGAAAUUUCUAUGGUAGGAAGAACAAUGUUUUCUCAUAUUCAUAAACGUCUUCAAGAAGCUAAAGGAACAGAUGGAACUGGCAUGCUCUUUGGAGGUGUUAGUAUUUUGGCAGUUGGCGAUUUCUAUCAACUGCCACCAGUUCAACAACACAAAAUCUUUGACUGUGAGAUUUCAGAUACGGAUCAUGUGGAUGCUGAAGAAAUGGCAGUAAUCCUUGCAGGAUUGUGGGAAAACAACUUCAGUUUGUUAGAAUUAACUGAUAUCAUGCGUCAGAAAGGAGACUUGGAAUUUGCAGAAAUGUUAAGCAGACUGCGCACUGCUGACCAUUCUUGUCAUGAUAUUGAAAUAUUAAGGUCAAAGUUAAUUUCCAGAACUGAUGUAAACUAUCCAACAACAGCAUUGCAUAUCUUUCCUACCCGAGCAGAUGUUGAUAUCCAUAACACAUCCAUGUUGAAUGCUCAAACUGAAGAGAAAGUUCAUAUAGAGGCUAUUACUAAAUACCCUGAAGUUUUGAAAAACUAUGACUGUUAUCAAGUUGUUGGAGGCCUUAUUCACCGUUUGACACUCUGUAAAAAUGCAAGAAUAAUGUUAGUAAAGAAUCUUGAUGUAGCUGAUGGACUAGUCAAUGGUGCAACUGGAAUUGUCCAUGAUAUUUUGCAAAAUGAACAUUCAUCACCCAUGCCAAAAGCCUUGAUCGUGAAAUUUGACAACAGGAAUGUUGGGCGAAUAGCUCGUCAGUCAUCAAGGAUUUCACUGUGUUCUUACAAGGAUGGUGUUCCCAUUUUUCCAGUUGAAGUAAAGCAGCACGCAGGAAGAUCUGAAUCAUCUCCAGAAAUCACUCGCAUACAGUUUCCUGUCGUUCUGUGUUGGGCCUGUACGAUUCAUAAGGUCCAAGGACAAACUCUGGAUAAGGUUGUUAUAUCAUUUAGGAAGCUUCGUACCAAAGGUCAAGCAUAUGUUGCUUUCAGCCGUAUAACUUCACUACAAGGUCUCUUUCUUCUGGACUUCAAUGCAGAUGCUAUUAAGACAGAUGAUGCUGUUACUGAAGAAAUGGCAAGACUGAGAAACAAAAUGGCAGUCUUUGCUUCUGAUAAACUGUCUACUACACAAACAGAAAUAGUAAGGAUAUGCUUCUUUAACACUAACAAUCUUGGAGUAGCACAUAGAAAAGAUGUACAGCACGAUCCUUUUAUCAAUACAUCAGAUGUUUUGGCAUUAACAGAAACCUGGCAGGAACAUGACCAUCUAAACAUUAUGGGAUUCCCAAAUGUCCUCUCUACUGGAAGAAUGGUUGGAUAUGGUGGUGGAUCAGCUGUAUGUGCAACAACAAACUUUCACUUGGAGAGGAUUCACAUGGACCAUACUCCUACCAUUGAUGCUGUAGCAGUUACAUUGACAAAACGAAACAGCGCAUUUAGUUGUUCAGUGUUGCUUCUAUAUUGCCCCCCAAAGACAACAGUCUUAGAAGUCCAGGCUGUCAUCAACUGCUUUUUGCACAAGACUCAAUCUUCCUCUGUCAUAGGAGGGGACUUCAACGUAGAUCUGAGAAAAUCCGCCAACACAACGUUUAACUUUCUACGUAAAGCAGGUUUCUCUCAAAUUACAACUGCUCCAACUCACCAGAGUGGUUCCCAUAUUGAUCAUGUCUGGACAAGAGACCUUCAGCAUGCACAAGUGACACAGUUGUGGACAUACUACAGUGACCACAAGCAAAUAUUUGUAGAUUUCAUGUACUAG